CUACCUCUGCGCUGUGCAGUUCCAGGGGGCCGCGGGGUGUUCUGGGAAAUGUAGUCCGAGGCCGCGCCUAGAGUCACCCAAUCCCCGGGCGGAAAUCUGACCCGCGGGGCUGUGGAAGUUGGGGUCCGCGAAGCUGGGAGCCCUGCGCCUGAGGUCGGCCCGGCAGCGCAGGAGGAAGCCAGCCCGGCCCCGCGGGUGACGGAGCCCUCAGCGGCAGGCCUGAGCGUGUGAGGGAGAGGCCGUGGGGGCCGCGUGUGCGGCCGGGGAGUUGCACGGCAGAGAGAGCGCGAGGAGUCGGCUUCAUCAAGAUAAGGAGCAAGAAGAGGACUGGCUGCUCACUCUCAGGAGUUUUACAUCAUGGACCACGUGAUGACAUUCAGAGAUGUGGCUGUCGACUUCUCUCCAGAAGAGUGGGAGUGCCUAUCUGUGGAGCAGAGGCGUCUGUACAAAGAUGUGAUGUUGGAGAACUACAGCCACCUCGUCUCAGUAGGACUUUGCAUUUAUCAGCCGAAUACGUUCCCUGUGCCGGAAACAGAGCAAGAUGCCCACGUGGAUUUGGGCAGCGAGACAAGAAGAUUCUGCCCAGAUACAGAUUCCGUGUGGCAGAUGAAGAAAGUCCUACCCAAAAAUAACACAUGUGCAAAUCGGUUAUCCCAGUGGGAAGUGAUGGAGAUGGAUACAAACCAUAGUCUUAAAGGUUUGUGUCCUAGAGCCGACGGGGAAGGCAAAGGCGAGGCUGGAACACAGGAGGAUCAAGACAAGAAGGUGUCCUUUUCGAAUCUGCUCAUACCUUUUAGUCUGUGCCCAAGACUGAGCACAGGACAGAAAGCAGAUGAGUUUAAGUCUGAAAAACCCUUCAGUUUUGCCCCACACCCCCCUUUGCUACAGCUCGUUCACACAGGUGACAAAAUCGGGGAAGACACGAAGCGUGGGAAGCCCUUUCCCGCGGGCUCAAAGCUCGCUCGGCACCGCGCCCUUCGCGCCGGCAAGAAGGCGUUCCGGUGUGACGAGUGUGGCAAGGCCUUCAGUUUCCGGUCCAGCCUCGCCGGCCACAGGCGCAUCCACACCGGGGAGAAGCCCUUCCAGUGUAGGGAGUGCGGCAAGGCCUUCCGCUUCCACUCGCUCCUCAGCGUGCACGCGCGCGCCCACCGCGGCGAGAAGUCGUACGAGUGCAAGGAGUGCGGCAAGGCCUUCAACUACAGCUCCGACCUGACGCGCCACCUCCGCACCCACACCGGGGAGAGGCCCUACGGCUGCGGGGCCUGCGGCAAGGCCUUCGGCUGCGGCUCCGACCUGACGCGCCACGAGAGGAUCCACACCGGGGAGAAGCCGUACGCGUGCGCCCAGUGCGGCCGCGCCUUCAUCCAGCAGUCGCACCUCAUCAAGCACCAGCGCACGCACACCGGGGAGAAGCCGUACGCCUGCGCCGAGUGCGGCCGCGCCUUCGCCUGCGGCUCGCAGCUGAGCCAGCACCGGCGCACCCACGCGGGCGCGCGGCCGCCCCGCUGCGCCGAGUGCCGGCGCUCCUUCAGCUCCGCCCUGGGCCACACGCAGCGGCAGCUGCUCCACCUCGGGGACCGGCUCCUGGAGGACAAGGAGAACGGGAAGGCCCUGCUGGCGGCCGCCGAGCCCGGGCGCGCGGCGGCGGGCCUGGCCGGGGCGGCGUUCGCCUGCGGGGCCUGCGGCCGGGCCUUCGGCCUGCGCGCCAUCGUGAGCGGCCUCCGGAAGCUGCACCGCCGGGAGACGCCGUCCAAGUGCGCCGACUGCCACAAGGCCUUCCGCUGCCCGUCCGACCUGGCGCGCCACCGCAAGAUCCACACCGGGGAGAAGCCCUACGUGUGCCAGGAGUGCGGCAAGGGCUUCAUCUGCCGGUCGGACCUCGGCCGGCACCAGAGGGUCCACACGGGGGUGAAGCCCUACGUGUGCCAGGAGUGCGGCAAGGCCUUCACCCGCGGGGCGCACCUGACCCAGCAUCGGAAGAGCCACAGCAAGGCGGCCCCGGGGCUGGGUGCCGGCGGCCCCGGCCCAGACGCCCCUCGCCGCCCCCAGGCCCGCGGUGGUGAGCGGGCGUGGGGCGCUGAGGAGGGCGGAGAGGCCUGCCUCCACGAUCUGGAGCUCCCCCGGCCUCAGACCGCCAAGACAGCGCACAGCCGCAAGAAGCGCAACGACGACCCGGGCUGGCACAACGGCGGCACCAAGCUCCGGGCCGUCCGCGCCAGGGAGAAGCGCUUUCAGUGCGAGGAGUGCCCGAAGGCCUUCCGCUACAGCUCAGAGCUCACUCGCCAUCACAGACUCCACACCGGCGAGAAGCCCUACAAGUGUCAGGAGUGCUGGAAGGCGUUCGCGUCCGCCUCGGACCUCGCUCGCCACCACAGGAUUCACACCGGCGAGCGGCCCUACGAGUGCAGUGAGUGUGGCAAGGCCUUCAUCCAGCAGUCACACCUCCUCAAACAUCAGAGGAUUCACAGUGCCGAGCAGCCCAAGGAUGUGAAGAAGGCGGGCAAGGCCCUGGCCGGCAGCCAGAUGCUGUUGAACAUGAGAGAGUUCACACUGGUGAACAAUCUGAUAAACCUGAGGAGUGUGGGCAAGAUCCUGCUCCUGGCUCAGCUCAGCCAGCGGCAGGGGGGUUAUACGGACGAGAAGCCCAGCUAAGAUGGGGGCCUUGGGAAAGCCUGCCUCUGGGUCUCUUCCGCAGCGCCAGCAUUCCGCAUUCGUAGGAAAUCCACGAGAUCUGGGAAAGCCUUCAGCUGUAACUCAGGCCUCUGUCCAUGUCAGUCAGCCCACGGUGCUAGAAAAUCCUGCAAGUGUAAGUGAGUCAUAUGGAGGCUUUCUUAGGUUCCCACCUUGCUCAGCGUGAGAAAAUGCAGGAGAGGACACUGAACAUAAGGACCAUGGGAAGACCUUUCUUCCUGGGUCAGAAGUUGCUAGACAUCUCUAAGAUCAUGCCAGCUAAGAAAGCUGAAUUCAAGGAAUGUGGAAACAUUUGUUCACGAUUCUAUAGAGAGGAAAUAAAGGCGACAAAAGAAUGUGGAAAUGGCCUUUGGAUUCACAGCUUUAUAGAGUGUAUACCCAAGGAAUGUGGAAAAUCUUUUGUCUUGGCCUGGCCUCUCAUGUGACAGGAAACUCAAACUGAUGCAGAGCCCCAUAAAAAAGUGAUUUAGCAAUUGUGUAAACUUGGGUCAACAGCUGGCCAUAAAUACUGUUUUCGUGUGGUGUGAACCCCAGAGCCCUUGCGUGCGCACAAGUGCUCUGUUUCUCAGCCGCAUCCGCAGCCCUCACUUUUGAGGAAGCCCAUGAAGAUAAGUCUGUGGAGAAACCGUUUUUCCAAGAGCUCCCUUCAUUCACUGCUAUACUGUGUGACACAAAACCAAUUUAUUUCUAACUCAAAAACCCCUUAUAGGUAAGACUAGAAGACGUUUUGGCAAAAUAACGUGUCUGUCAUCCGGAGUCAUGAUGUAGUCUGUGCUUACUUGGGAAAAGCUCUGUAGCUGAUUGAUUGAUGUGCCGUGAGGAGGCAUUAGAAGAGGCAGAUAGCUCGAUCUUAGAGUAUCUGCAGUGGCGUGUAAAUGUGGAAAACAUAAGAUGAUUUUUAUAUGUGGAUCACUUAUUUUCUAGAAAAACUUAGAAGUGCUUGUUUUUAAAUGCAACGUAGAAAGUCCAAGAGCAUAAAAAGAAAUCAGAAUUGCAUUUCAGAAGUUCUGUGAGGGCCGGAGGUGCAGCUCGGUUGGUAGAGUGCUUGCCUGGCGGGCGUGAGUUUGACCCAGCACUGAGUAGCCAGGCGUGGCACAUGCUGUCACCCCAUCACCCAGAAGUUGAGGGGCAAGCCUGGACUAUGCAGUGAACACGAGACUGUCUCAAAGGAGAAAGAAAAUCAUGUUCAACUAGGCUACAAAAGAUACAUAAUAUGUAUUCAUCUUACAUGGAUACCAUGGAAGAAAAAAUCCUGUGGAAAACCUGUAGGGUUCUUUAGGGUAAUUAUAUUUGAAAAGUUUCAUUUACAAAAGUAAAUAAAAAGAUCACAGAAGAGGUAGACCUGACAUUUAAAGGCAGAGGUGGCGCUAGCUACUUUCUGCGGGUGGAUGGCGGUUCUGAUGGGCGCAGGUGUACGUUUGGUUCAGUACCAAGUGCCUGUUCUGGGGGCCUUUGGGUACUGUGGGUUGAGUGACGGUGAAUAAAUGUACAUAUAGGACGUUUAAGUCAUUUCCUGUGCAUGUCAUUCUGAAGUCACCGUCAUCUAUGAACUGUACAACCCAGGAUAAUUUUGUCAUAUCUUUACUGUAAUAAAGUCAUGUUCAUUCAUAUGUA